AUGGUCAUAAACACUGAAAAACUCAAACAAACAUCAUUCUAUUUGCAUUCAAAUAAAAAUCGUCAAUUAUAUCCUUCUUCGAAAUAUCCUUUAAUAUAUUUAAUUGAUCGUCAAAGUAUUGAACGUCGUCUUUUAAACCAACCAAGAUAUGUUAAACAUUUUCUAUAUUCAUUUGCUUUCCUUAUAACAUUUAUUUUAAUUAGUGUGAUAUUUUUUCAAGGACAUAUUUAUGCUUAUAAUUCCUUCUUGGGUCCUUUUCAUCUUAAUUUAGAAGAUUUUAUUAAACAUGUAGAAACUUAUCAAAAUAAUCAGUCAUGGUUUUGGAAAAAAGAAUAUAUUCAAGUUGAAUUAGGUGAAAAUAAUAUCCAAAAUCCGCUUACUAAAUAUGAAACUAUUCGAGUAUAUUCUGAUCCACGUACACGUCGAAAUCAUAUUGCAACAUUUAAACGUGUAAAAAAACCAAGAAUCUAUGUUAAAUUACCAACUAUUUGGCAAAAACAUGCGCGAGCUCGACUUCCAUUUCAUUUUCGUUCAUAUUCAAUUUCAACAUUACAAUGUAUUGUUAGAAGUCUUCCAUUAAACUCAGCGUUCACAUAUCGAACAUGGGUCGAAAAAUCUGAAUAUGUUAAUUAUAUAAAUGAACAAUAUUCAGCAAAUUCUACUCAAUUUAAUAUAGCUGUAUUAACAAAAUGUGGAAUUCUAAUUGGAUAUUUAUAUCAACCAGUUCGCGAAAAAGCUUUUCUACCAACUCGAGAUCAUAUAUUCUAUUCAUAUGAUAUAGCAUUGAAUGCAACACUUCAAUAUUACUCAUUUUAUAAAUUAUUCAUUUGUGGAUUAUUUCUAAUUUGGUUAUCAUUGAAAUUUUUAUUUAAUUUUAUAAUUUAUGUCUCAAAUAUAAUUCGUUUUAAAUUAUUUAAUAAAUUUGGAUUAUUAUCAUUUUCUUUAGAUUUACUUCCCGGUGUAUUAGAAGAACUUUGGUUAUUAAAUAUUGAUAACCCACCACAUGAACAAUUAUUACAAUUAGAUAAAUUUAUUCGACAAAGUAAACAUAUCUAUAACAAUCAAUUAUUUAUUAUUGAAAAUCAUUCUGAACAUUUAUUUGUAAUUCUUUUGAAACAAGAUCUUUAUGAAAAUUUAAAUGUUCAAGAUCAAUUAUCUCCAUUUAUUGUUUGUCCUGUGACUGACAUACGAAAAAUUACUGAAUAUGAAGGUAUUUGCUACGGAGAAGAUUUAUCUUGGAUUCCAUGGCCAACAAUGCCACCAAAUGAACACAAUUGUUCUGAUUGGUUACAUGAAGAAUUAAUACAAAUAAGUAAACAUUACAAGGAACAGUAUGAAUAUCGUCUUCAACAUGAAGAAGAAAACGGAUAUCAACAAAAUUAUCAACAUAGGAACUAUUCACCUGCUAAUAUCACUUAUGGUCAAAUUCGUCAACGACGAAAAUCAAUACAAACAAGACCUGGACGUCUUAGUCAAUUAGAAAAAUUCAUUCGUGAAGAAGAAAAUUUUCAACGUCUCAAACUUGAACGUCAACAAGUCUUUCAACGCAUAUUUGAACGUACUAUUCCAGCUUCAUCUCAAUUCAUUGCUAAUUUUCGAAUACAAAAUAAUAAUAAUGAUAAGAAAAUUGAUUUUACUAUGGCACAAAAUAAUCUCAAAUGUAUGAUUUGUUUAGAAGAAUUUCAAUUAAAUGAUUCAUAUUCUAAAUGGCCAUGUGUUUCAAAAACACCACAUAUAUUUCAUUAUGAUUGUAUGUUAAGUACAUUACGAAUGAAAAAUACUUGUCCAAUAUGUCGACAUCCAGUUGAAGCUGCUCCAGUAUCACAUGAUUUCUACACGGAAUUUUUUUCAAGAUUAGUUUAG